AAAGAUUCUGAUCCACCAUGAGCUCCCAAACAACACUGGAAGCUAACACACGGACUCUCCUGCCGUCGCCCAUUUUCAUUUCCAUUUUCGUUUCCCACAUCGUCAGGCGGAGUACUUUCUCUCUGCGUCUCUCAACCCGCAGAAUCCACUCGGAAAUAUCACAGCCAGAUCUGCAGUGCUUGUCGCUCGGUUGACCGGCUGGAGCCUCUGUAGUUCUUACCCUGCAACUAUGACCGACAGAAGACGAAUCAAUGGCCCUGCCGGGGCUACAAUACCUCCGGUUUUCGAUGAUGCCGGGUUUCAAGAGCUCAAAACGGUGAAGACCAGAUCACGUCCGCCAAAUGUACUGCGGAAAAUGUUCCUCAAAACGGGUGUGACCCCGUCAGCGUCUGGAUCGGCCUAUUUGGAAAUUACCACGUCCGGGAAACCUGGCGUGUCGGGGCUGAAGCUGAGCUGCUCCGUCCACGGACCGCGAUCGCUCCCGAGAUCGAGUCCCUUCUCUCCACACAUGGUCCUCUCUACCCACGUCAAAUAUGCUCCGUUCGCGACGAAGCAGAGGCGUGGCUACCUUCGCGACCCCAGCGAGCGAGACCUCGGCAUCCACCUCGAGACCGCCCUCCGCGGCGCCAUCAUUGCCGACCGAUGGCCCAAGAGCGGCGUGGACAUCAUCAUCUCGAUCAUCGAGGGAGACCAGGACCGGGAAUCGUCUCAAUCCCAAGGCGACGAGGUGUGGGACAUGAUGAACGCCCUGAGCGGCUGCAUCACCGUGGCCUCAGCCGCGCUCGCCGAUGCCGGGAUUGACUGUGUCGAUACCGUGGCAGGCGGGGUGGCUGCUCUCGUCCAGGACGCUGGCGACGACUCGAAGCCCAGUAUCGUUGUUGAUCCCCUCCCGUCUGAGCACGAAAGGAUCCUCGCAGCCUGCUGCGUCGCGUACCUCCCUACGCGAGACGAGGUAACAAACCUCUGGUUUAGGGGCGAUCUGCCUGCCUCCGACAUGGACCUCUACACCAGCCUUGUUGAACAGGGGAUACAGGCGUCAAAAAACGCCAACCGCGUGCUCGUCGAAUGUCUCAGCGAGACUGUCGGAUGAGUCGUGCUUAUCAGAGAGCUGCGGGGUUUGGUGCACCGCCAAGACCGAGCGUCAACACAGCAUGAUGCAAACAAGUC